CGCGAUAGUUGAAUUGGAAUCAGCGAGUAUACGAGGAGGGAAGAAGGGACGCAGGGGGCAGAGACCGAACUCUCAAAUAGAGGAAGGAAAGUAACGAACACUCUAUGGCCAUUUGUCAAUUGUCAUAGUCUCUCUCUCUCUCUCUCUCUCUCUCUCUCUCUCUGUGGUUCCUCAUCCAUUAUUUUUGGUUACAGAGGGGGUUAUGAUGACCUCAGCGUCAGCUCCCUGCUUUUCCCUACCAUUUCCCCACGUAACCCACUGCCCCCCAUUCUAUGCUCAACCUCUCUCCCCCCCUUUCCGACCCUCAAAUGUGUUCAUCCUCCGCCGACUGCCUUCACGGCUUGAAAUCUGGCCACAAAAUCUACUUUGAGGAUGUGACGAUGGGAGCUCCGCCCAAAUCCACUGCUGGCGGGGCCUCCUCUUCCUCUGGGACGGGCACGAAGAAGGGGAGGAGCGGUACUCUUCAAGGAGCUCGGCCUCCAAGGUGUCAGGUCGAGUGCUGUAGCGUAGAUCUGAGUGAUGCCAAGCCUUACUAUUCCAGGCAUAAAGUCUGUAUUUUUCACUCUAAAUCCCCUAAAGUCAUUGUCGCUGGUCUGGAACAGAGGUUUUGCCAGCAGUGCAGCAGAUUUCAUCAGCUUACUGAAUUUGAUCAAGAAAAACGAAGUUGCCGCAGGCGACUUGCAGGCCAUAAUGAACGUCGGCGAAAGCCCCAACCCAGCUCCUUGUUGAUCUCUCCCUAUGCCAGAUUUUCUUCAGCUGUAUUUGAGAGCAAAUCUAGAUAUUUGGCACUUGCUUUGACAGAGAACCGGGGCAGAGUUGGUGGCUUUCUGAUGGAAUUUGCUGCAUACCGUAAGCCAACUCUGGCAUCAACAUCAACAGAGCAAGUUUCAGGGAAUCAAAGCUCAACAACUCCAUGGCAAGGCAACUUGCAGCUUCCUGAACUCUUCUUGCGAGGUUCGAUGGGCAGCAUAAACAGCUUUGGUCCCAGCCAUCUAGGGGAAUGCUUUGCUGGGAUUGCAGACACUAGCUGUGCUCUCUCUCUUCUGUCAAAUCAAACAUGGGGCUUCAGAAACACACUACCAGCUCUUGGGGUGAACAACUUAUGUUUCGAAGGGACAUCCAUCACACAACUUGCUGCAUCUUCUCAUGGCGCUCCCAUGCAUCACCUUUCAAAUGCCUCGGGGUCUUUCAAUGGCAUUGAACCUGACACUUGUUUGCAUGAUGAUGUAGUUGUCCCUGAUCUUGGUGCGGCUCCGAUUUCACUGUCUAACAAUAGUGAACUUCCUGGUGGGCUUGUGAUGCCACAACCUGACAGGCAAUAUGUUGAUCGACAAUCCGAGGCCUACGAGUCUUCUCAGCUGAUGCACUGGUCCCUUUGAUUGUUUCUUUGAUUUCUAGGCUUUAUUUUGCAAUUAAACCUCCAUGAGAUUACAAGAUUAAGUCAAGAAAAUCAGACAAUCUGGCUCUGUUGCUAAAAGCCAGACUGAAAUCUUGUAUUUUGCUUGCAUUGGUUUGCAAACUGACGGAGCAUCAUUUAUAUUUUCAGACUUGUUA